UUCUUUGAAUGAUAAGUUUGUUUUUAUAAAAAAAAAUUACAAUAAAAAUUGCUGCACAUAAAGAAGAAAAAAAAGGCAUAACGUCAGUGAAUUGGAGUGUUGAUACAAGAAGUUGUCAAAGAGUGUUGUGAAAAUAAUUUACUUUUCGCAAUAUUGGUAUACGGUAUUUACGGUGAAAAAGAAAUCAAAUUGAGUGAAUUAAAAGUAUGAGCACAAAUACUACUGAUUUCAUUGAUCCGAAUGGUACGACGUUUAAACCUAAUUACAAUUUACGUGUAACAUCAGCAAAAGACAUGUCGACGCCUAUAGAUCCGUUAAUAAGUCAUGUAGGUGAUGGUAUUUUUCUACAGACCAAAACUGCACAGGGUUUAGCUGGCAUUUUUGUUUGGGCCGCACUUUUUAUUACAUGCCAACAGAUUUAUCAACAUUUACGUUGGUAUACGAAUCCACAAGAACAACGAUGGAUUGUACGUAUAUUAUUCAUUGUACCUAUUUAUGCUACGUACUCUUGGAUAAGUUUACUGUUUUUCAAUUCCGAUAAUGUGUAUGUGUACUUUUUCACUGUACGAGAUUGCUAUGAAGCUUUCGUAAUAUAUAACUUCUUGUCACUGUGUUAUGAGUAUCUUGGCGGCGAAGGAAAUAUAAUGUCGGAGAUACGUGGCAAACCAAUAAAGACCUCAUGUCUGUAUGGAACAUGUUGCCUCAAAGGCAAAACCUACACAAUUGGUUUCUUGCGUUUUUGUAAACAAGCCACCUUGCAAUUUUGUUUGGUCAAACCUUUGGUGGCUUUUAUAAUAAUAUUUUUGCAAGCAUUUGGACAUUAUCACGAUGGUGAUUGGAGUGCUGAUGGUGGUUAUAUUUAUAUUACAGUAAUUUAUAAUAUUUCCGUUUCGUUAGCUUUGUAUGGUUUGUAUUUGUUUUAUUUUGCUACGCGCGAUUUACUGACACCCUUCGAACCUGUGUUGAAAUUCUGUACAAUCAAAUCAGUUAUUUUCUUAUCUUUUUGGCAAGGUGUUGGUUUGGCUAUUUUAGAAAAGGCCAAUGUUAUAUCGCCAAUUGUUGACAGUGCAGGCACUGUAACAUCAACCGGUACAGUAUCCGCUGGCUAUCAAAAUUUCUUUAUAUGCAUUGAAAUGUUAUUCGCUGCAAUUGCUUUACGUUACGCAUUCCCUUAUCAGGUAUAUGCACGCAGUUGUAUUGGUGAUGGUCAUGGACGUUCAGUGACAAUGCAAUCAAUUUCAAGCAGCUUAAAAGAAACAAUGAACCCGAAGGACAUAAUGACAGAUGCUAUUCACAAUUUCCAUCCACAAUAUCAACAAUAUACACAAUAUAGCUCAGGUGGAAAGAAUUCUCGCGGCAUACGUGUUUCUUCCUAUGAUCCAGACGAUCCAAGUUGUAAUGCAUCACAGAACGGUAUCGGCGGUGCUUCAACGAAUGGUAGCGGUGGCAUGAGUGGUUGUAUUGCAUCAAAGACUUUGGGUAAUCAGCGAAAAUUUAUGCCUGGAGGACAACGUGUCGCAACGAUAAGUCAAAAUUAUAAUGAAAAAACCAUGUUGUUGAGCAGUGAUGAUGAAUAUCAGUAAUUAUUGCUGUUAAAAAUGUUUCAAAAAUAUCUUUAUUAUAUGUUUUGUUUUUAAAUGAAUUGAAAAAGAAUUAUAAGGC